AUGGUUUAUAACAAUUCCCUGUUUAUUAAUUUUAUUACUCCUGGUCUGCCUGUGGCACUACUUCCUGACGAGUCUUCUCCACCAUGGAACAACAAAGGAGACAGUGGUUGGCAGCUAACAGCAGCAACUUUGGUGUGCUUGCAAAGCGUUCCUGGGCUGGUUAUCCUUUAUGGCGGCAUGGUGAAGAAGAAAUGGGCUGUGAAUUCUGCAUUCAUGGCGCUUUAUGCGUUUGCUGCAGUUCUCCUCUGCUGGGUUUUGUGGGCACAUCACAUGUCCUUUGGCACCAAGCUCUGCUCAAUCGUGGGAGUGCCCGAUUUCGCGCUGACCCAGAACUUUCUCUUAAUCCCGUCUAGAUAUGGGCAUAUACCAAUGGCUAACUAUGUGUAUUAUCAAUUUGGUUUUGCUGCCAUUACUGUCAUAUUGCUUGCCGGGUCUCUGCUGGGGAGGAUGAACUUCUUCGCUUGGAUGAUGUUUGUUCCUUUGUGGCUCACCUUGUGUUACACAAUUGGAGCUUUCACUAUUUGGGGUGGUGGGUUUCUUGAACCAGCCAUCAUUGACUAUGCAGGCGGUUUUGUUAUUCAUCUUUCUUCUGGGGUGGCUGGUUUCACUGCUGCUUACUGGGUCGGACCUAGACACACGCAUGACAGGCAAAACUUCCCACCAAACAACAUAAUUCACAUGUUGGCAGGUGCAGGGUUUCUGUGGAUGGGAUGGACAGGCUUCAACGGUGGAGCUCCCUUUUCAGUAAACGAGAUAGCAUCUCUGGCCGUUGUCAACACCCAUAUCUGCACUGCCACCAGCCUCUUGGUCUGGGUUUCUCUGGACAUGUUCUUCUACAAGAAAAGCUCUGUAAUUGGUGCAAUCCAGGGGAUGAUCACUGGCCUCGUUUGCAUCACUCCUGGAGCAGGAGUGGUGUGUCCUUGGGCAGCAAUAAUUAUGGGAACACUGUCUGGUUCGCUUCCAUGGUACACCAUGAUGAUUUUGCACCGGAAAUCGGCCUUCUUUCAAAGCGUGGAUGACACAUUGGGGGUCUUCCACACGCAUGCCGUCGCCGGUAUCUUGGGGGGACUUCUCUCUGGCAUCUUCGCCAAACCCAGCCUUUUGAAGCUGAUGUACGGAGAAGGAACCAGCUAUGGUCCCGGCUUAGUAUACGGCAUCUUCAACCGAUCCGGAUCAGAGUUCGGAGACGGCCUCAAGCAAAUGGGGUUCCAGGUUGCCGGGGCUGCUUUUAUCACAGUGUGGAACGCUGUGGUGACGAGCUUAAUCUGCAUAUUGAUUGGCCGCAUUGUUAAUCUUAGGAUGAAUGAGGAAGACCUUGAGAUUGGUGAUGCUGCUGCGCAUGGAGAGAAAGCAUAUGCACUUUGGGGAGAUGGUGAUCAGAAACUGCCAACCUCCCUUCGUUUGCACAUAUCUCCUAGACUACCUUCUAUCUGCGGGAGACAAUACCUCUGACUUUGCACCAACAAAAAUUGGUUUCACAUUUCCAACAAUUUUCUGAUUUAAACAUUUUCUACAAUCCGAAGAAAUCAGAUAAAUACAAGAUCAUGUGGACUCCACUGAUUAAAUGUUGUCCGUGAGCAAAGUCAAGCGUGACAUUUAAUACAGUGAAGUUCACGUAAUGCUGUGUUAUCUCUCUCCGAAUGGUAAAAAAUAUUUAGUCAGAAAAUUGAAGGAAAUCUCGAUCUUAAAAAUAAGCUCCCAACACCAUAACCUUUGAGUAACAAUCGUUACUAGGAAAACUCAAUAAAUGUAUUGUAUAUUAUGUUUGUUGUAUUAUGAUCAGUAAAUUGUCAUGUUCUUGUGGAGCAUAGUUGUAGGAAGUUGUUAAUAUUGUUCAAAAAGUUCUUCAUUUUAUCGAGUGUUUG